GCCUAAAAUAUAGUUUUGUUUUCCCAGAAAGGCGUGGAGUCAGUUGGUUUUUGAUAAGAAGCGAUGCUCGCCUGUUUUCGCAGAUACGGAGGAUUUCUGGCGGAGUUUUGAUGCGCUGGACUGAUGAGCUGAAUUUCUGAGUUUAAAAAAUGACCUCAAAGAAUUUUCGUCUGGAUGAUUUCGUCGCAGGAUGGAUCGGCGGCGCCUCCAGUGUGGUCGUAGGACAUCCGCUGGACACAGUGAAGACGCGGCUCCAGGCAGGAAGUGGCAACCAGAACACGCUGCACUGCAUCCUCUCCAUCUACAGGAAGGAGACGGUGAUGGGGUUCUUUAAGGGCAUGUCUUUCCCGCUCGCCAGCAUCACUGUCUACAACUCAGUUGUGUUUGGCUUCUUCAGCAACACUCAAAGGCUCAUAAGCAAGUAUCGCUAUGGCGACGGACGGCAUCCCUGCGGCAUGCUGGACCUGACUGUGGCCAGCAUGCUGACCGGACUGAUCUCAGUGGGGCUCGGCGCUCCAGUGGACCUGGUCAAGAUCCGACUGCAAAUGCAGACACAAAUGGUUCUGGCAGAGAACCUCCAGUUGGCUGGUAAUGUGGCCAACGGCACCAACAUCCCGCUUCGCUCCGUUGACAUUCCCAACCAGCGACUGUACAGAGGCCCGAUCCACUGCAUCAGCAACAUCCUGCAGACCCAGGGCAUACUGGGACUCUACAGGGGGGCCGGGGCCAUGAUCCUGAGGGACGUCCCCGGAUAUGCACUCUACUUCAUCCCUUACGCCAUCUUCUGUGACCUGCUGACCCCCUCCAGCUCGUCCAGCCCUCACCCCUGCUCCAUCUGGCUAGCCGGAGGUUUAGCAGGGUCCAUCUCCUGGGUCACGGCCACGCCAGCUGACGUGGUGAAGAGCCGAAUGCAGGCCGACGCCCAGCUGCAGAAGAAGUAUAAGGGAGUUUUGCACUGCAUCGUCCAAAGCUACAGAGCCGAGGGAGCAGAGGUUUUCUUCCGGGGAGCUUCUGUGAACGCCAUCCGAGGUUUCCCAAUGAGCUCCACCAUGUUCCUGAUGUACGAACUCUCUCUACAGUUCUUCAGGAGUCAUUAGGACUGCUGGGAAUCCGGAAACGCUGGGCCAGAAACCCAGCGAACCGGAGCCAGUUUGCUUUAGACGAGAGAUUGUGAGCACUUUAUAAUGGCCGAGAGUCAGCAGCUUUUAGUCAAAUGUUUUAGGUCUGAGCCAAAAUUAACCGUUUUUAUCACAGUUAGAUUACUUUAAGAGUGAUGUUUUACUGUCUAAUAAUCUGAAUCUGAUUAUUCGGCUCACCAAAGUUAUGCAUGUGUUCAUGCGCAGAUUUCUGCUUUAACAUUUUAAUUCGCCGAAACAGACACAGGUGUUAAAGAAGAAAGAUAUGAUACUUUAGAUAAGCUAAGAAACGUUUCUGGAAGUUUUUUUAAAUGAUUUUUAAUUAUUUCUUAACAUGUUUGUUGCAAAUGGGAUACUCUGAUGUUUAAAUAAUCAAUGAAUGAGCGGCUGUAACAGCAAAGAAAAGAUAUUGCACAAAGAAUUGUUGCACAAUUUAGUAAAUUAUUAAGGGACGAUAAAAAUACAUUUAUGGAGGCCAAGUGUAGCCUGAAGGUCUUUGAGAAAGUUUAAUUGGCUGGAGUGCAUGAACUGAAACAUAGGACACAUUAGUUUUGCCUGGCUGGACAAACUUGUUCAAUAAGUUUGAUAAAAAGUGUCAAAAAGUAAAAAUGAAGGAAAAACUGCAAAAGGUUAUUCAAGAUCAUCCAUGUUGCUUUUACCUUUCUCCAAUAAUUUUAUGAGUUCAGCGGAACUGUGGAAAUUUUCCUCUACUUAAAACACAAUUACACCUUAUGACCCAAUGUUCUUUCAUAGUAAGAUAAAUCUGAGUUUUAGAUUAAUGUUUUAAUUGCAUUGGAGCUCUUUUUAGGUUGCAACAUAAAAGUAAACUGACAGAUGGAUGACUUAGGUGUCAACAAAACGUUUUGCUUGCCAAAAAAAAAAUGUGUGUGUUCCUUGAAGAUGGUAAAGUCUGUUAUGGAUCAGUCCUGCAGCUGAAUCUGAGCUGAGUUUGCACAUCUGGAGGUUUUUAUAAUGAUGCCACAUGUUCCUGUCUGUGGGGGAAAUUACAGGCACAUAAUGGUUUUUAUUGCACAGUGUCACAUGGCAUUCAUGUGAUGAUCUGUUGGAUAAAAAAUGCAGCAGGCAAGAAAAUCUGAAAAUGUUAUUUUAGUGACAUUAUGUAAGUUAGACAUGCAAGUACUGAGACAUGUGGAUUUUCUUAAUGAAUUUUGAAUAAUAACUGAUUUAAUUGGGAUUUUUUUAGACUAAAAGGGUUGAGGUGUAAUUUUUAGAAUUCACUAAAAUGAGAAAAAAUAUAUUAUUUUUAAUGUAUGUGACAUUUUUGACACAAUGUGAUUAUCAAACUCAAUAUUGUGAUACUGUCUACUUCUACCUGUAUCUGUGUUUCUUAUAUUAAGAAAAGUGAGUUCUACUUCAGUUAAUUUUAACUUUCUAAUAACUUUUCUGAUGUAACUGAGCCACAGUGGCACAGUUACAUUGUUUUUAGUUAAGUUCUGCAGCAGAUCAACACGUUUCAGCCACUAAAUCAACAUUACCAUCGCAGAAGGGAACUCAAAUGGAAGUAUUAACAUUUUACAUAGCUUUAUCCUUAUGUAAAUAAGUGUAAAUAUGUUUAACUGCUUUUCUGGAUAUUGAAAAGCCUAAAGUGUCCUUAAAUAAAUCUUUAUAAACAC